UGCAUUAGGUGAUGAGCGUCGGUGGAGGUUUAUGACGGUUCCUCGACUAAGUUAGCUAACUGCUGAUUCGAACGUUGGAAAAUGUCACCAUAGCUAGCAAGAAGACGGCCGGUUGAAACUGUUCUGUUCAGUUGAAACCAGCGAGCUGAAUGUAUCGGUAAUUACUACUAACUUAUCUACCAUGUCGGAAAAGACUCCUCUUCUACAUUACCGACUUACUAGCGGAAGCACCAGCCCGGAGCCGAAAAAUGUCCCCGACCGUAGCAAGGCCAAGGCGGGCAAAGGCCGUCUAUGGCAUGGUCUAUGGGCCAAGGAGACGGGCGACCGGAAGCUCGGAGUGGUGUUUGGCGUGGUCGUACCAACGCUACUGUCCAUGUUUAGCGUCGUUGUAUUUCUGCGAAUUGGAUUUGUUGUGGGUCAAGCAGGGGUCUAUCAGUCCAUUGUGAUGUUCCUAGUGGCCUACCUAAUUAUCACAAUGACAGUGCUUUCCGUCUGUGCCAUCUCCACGAAUGGGGCUUUAGAUGCUGGAGGAGCCUACUAUAUGAUCAGCCGAGCCCUUGGUCCAGAGUUUGGUGGCAGCAUUGGGAUCAUGUUUUUCUUUGCCAAUGUAUGCGGCAGUGCUCUCUAUGUUUUGGGUCUGGUUGAGGCUAUCAUGUCUACUUUUGGCAUCCCAGAAGAGGGUUCUGCAGUUGUCGGAGGUCUCCAGGUGUUGCCCUCAGGAUACUGGUGGUCUCUGCUGUACGGCACUGCCUUGCUUUUCAUUUGUUUCAUUGUCUGCUUGGUGGGAGCCCACAUCUAUGCCAAAGCCACCUUUGUUAUCGUCAUCAUAUUCUUCGUAGUCUUGACUACCAUCUUCAUCAAUUUUAUCAUUGUGGGGCCCAUUGUGGUGAUGUUGCCAGGGAAUUCUGGGCUGAACGGUACCAGCACGAGAACCGCAAAUUAUACUGGCUUCCGGCGCCACACCUUUGAGGGCAAUCUAUUGCCCAAUUACACAGUAGACUACACCACUGGUGCCAUGAUGAGUUUUGCCAAAGUGUUUGCAGUCAUGUUCAAUGGCUGCACUGGGAUCAUGGCAGGAUCCAACAUGUCAGGUGACCUGAAAAACCCCAGCUAUGCCAUCCCAAGAGGAACGCUUGCUGCUGUUCUUACAACUUUCAUUACAUACAAUGUGCUGAGUCUGCUGGUUGCGGGGUCCUGUGAACGUAACCUUCUCCAAAAAGACUACAAUUUCCUGGGAGACAUCAAUAUAUGGCCACCACUGGUGACAAUUGGGAUUUACUCCUCCACCAUUUCUGCUGCCAUGAGUAACCUGAUAGGGGCCUCCAGGAUCCUGUAUGCCCUCUCCAAAGACAACCUGUUUGGUGGUUUCCUGGCCCUGGUUAGGAAAACCUCUCUGAGUGGGAACCCCUGGUUCUCUGUGCUUGUGUCCUGGCUGCUUGUACAGGUGGUGCUGUUCGCUGGUCAAUUGAACACCAUUGCUAGUAUUGUAACCAUCUUCUUCUUGUUGGUCUAUGCUGCUGUGAACCUGGCCUGUUUGGCUCUUGAAUUGGCUUCUGCACCAAACUUCAGACCCUCGUUCCGUUGUUUUACAUGGCAUACCUGCACGCUGGGCAUUCUUGGCUCACUGGUCAUGAUGUUCCUGAUCAAUGCCAUUUAUGCAUUUGGCAGCAUAGCCUUUAUGCUGCUGCUGCUGAUGCUUAUCCACUACCUUGGUCCUAUCAGCAACUGGGGCUACAUCAGCCAGGCGCUCAUCUUCCACCAGGUGCGCAAGUACCUGUUGAUGUUGGAUGUGCGUAAGGACCAUGUGAAGUUCUGGAGGCCCCAGCUGUUAUUGAUGGUGGCUAACCCUCGAAGCUGUACAGGUCUCAUGACCUUUAUUAAUGACCUGAAGAAGAGUGGCCUCUAUGUACUAGGACAUGUAAAGCUGGGUUUACUUGAUGGGUUGCCAUCUGAUCCUCUGCAGAGCCGUUAUGACUCCUGGCUGUCUCUAGUGGAUCAUCUCAACAUAAAGGCAUUUGUCAACCUUACCCUGGCAAACUCUGUCCGACAUGGAGUUCAGAACUUGCUUUUCAUCACAGGCUUUGGCGGAAUGAGGCCAAACACCCUUGUCCUUGGUUUUUAUGAUGACUGCAUCCCUGAAGAUGACCUUCAAGGUAAAAUGCUCUUGUCUACAGGCACUGGCUUUGAUGCAGUGAAUCCAUCCAUAGACCGCGGCGAGCAACGCUCUCCCUUCUUCCCUGAUGUGAGGGGUGCCUACGACCUAAAAGAUCUUGGGGAAGAGGAAUAUGUGUCUCUGAUUGCUGACGCGGUCAAAAUGGGAAAGAAUGUGACUCUGGCUCGUAACUUUAACCAAUUCAACCGAGAGGUCUUGGUGUCAGGGAAAAAGAUUCAUAGCCACCGACGCAUGAAGGGGCCAUUUGUCGACGUGUGGCCUUUGAAUCUGCUUCGACCAGACAGCCGCGCUUACGUCGACAUCUGCUCACUGUUCUUACUGCAGCUGGCCUGCGUGCUUCAAGAGACCCGUGCCUGGAAGCAUGCACGACUCCGCCUCUUCUUGUGUGUGGAAGCUGGUUGCAGUCUGAAGAAAGAGGAGGAGAAGAAGCUCCGGUCGAUGCUAAAGGAGCUAAGGAUUUCAGCUCAGGUGCAGAUGGUGGCGUGGGACCAAGUAAUGGAGCUACACUGGCAGAGACGAGGAGGAAAAGUAGGGGGGAAUCUGGCAGAGUCUUUGCUGAACGAGGAGAUGGACAGACAAGAGGAAGUUGAGAAGGAAGACGUUUUCCAAAUAUUUCCCAACAAUGCUGCUCGGAUGACAGAUGAAUAUAUCUGUGCUGUCAACAAUUUGAUACGAAGACACGGUGCCCCUAAGCCUGCUGUGCGUUUCCUGUAUUUGCCCCGGCCACCAGCAGACACAAGCCUUUACUGUACCUACCUCCACCAAGUGGACAUGUUGAGUAGAGACCUCGGCCCAACUUUGCUGAUCCAGGGAGUUACUCCUGUGGUCACUACUGACCUCUAAAGCUCUUGACAGUUAAUCUAGCCUGAUCUGAUAUUGGACUAUGCCUCUUGCCACCAGUUUAUUAUUAUUAUUAUUAUUAUUGCAUUAAUAUAGGUCAUGUUUCACUUAAUUUUUUUUUCACUCAAAUUGAUUUGGUGAAAGCAAGUUUACUUCUGAUGGAUAUUGAAAGUUAUAAGUGUUUGUCUGUUUCAUCGUCACUUGGGUAUGGUGCUAUAGUGGAAUAGAAAUGAGUGAUUUGCACAUCUUGUGGGGUCAAAAUAGUAUAGAUCCCUGCAGUUCCCUAGUAGUGAAAUAAUGUUGCCACACAGGGACUGCUUUCCUUUCCUUGACUUUUGUAAAUGGAAAAAUACUAAAUGUAUUUAUUGUAUUGUCACAUGUUUCUUUCCUACAAUUUUAAAUGAAAUUCAGAAAAUAAAGAUAUAUGAAAGU